AUGUCUGCUCUUAGUAGCUGGCUCUGGGGAACCUCUCAGCUUGAUGAAGCCAUAGACAAGGCCACAUCCGAAUUUUUACCUGCCGGAACUGAAGAUAUCGCUCUCAACCUUGAAAUAUGUGAUCAGAUUAGGUCGAAAUCGGCCCCUGCUAAGGACGCAAUGCGUGCUUUGAAACGUCGUCUCAACCACAAGAACCCGAAUGUGCAAGUGUUGGCGCUCAGCCUCACCGAUAUCUGUGUCAAGAAUGGAGGAGAUCACUUCGUGGCUGAAAUAGCUUCUAGGGAAUUCAUUGACAACUUAGUUUCCAUUCUCAAGGUUUCAAACCUGAACCACGAGGUCAAGAACAGCAUUUUGCGACACAUCCAAAACUGGGGAUUGGCAUUUGAAGGGAAGCCGUCCUUGAGUUACGUUGGGACAGUCUACAAAACGCUGUUGUCCGAAGGCAUGUUCCACCUCUAG